AUACACGAGAACUUGUUGCACUAAAACAUGUCAAGACAGGACAUUAGAAGGACAUGCCCGAGUAGGCUACAGUGUUGGGCAAAGUAAUCUUUCUACAAUGUAAUUAUUUUAAAGUUUAAUAUGUUACAGAUGUUGGCGCGGUUGUGUUUUGUUUUCCAAUGUUUGUGGCCGCUGAUGCGCGUCAGGUUGGAACUAACUUGCCAGAGAUGACAUCAUGGUGAAAGUAUUGCCUGAGAGAGUUAUCGCCGAGAUAGAAUGCACUGAGUGGGAUUGUGGUGAGUGUGAUUUGGGUGGGAUGAAAAGAAACAUGAUUCCCUCACCGACAUAAUCUCAAACAACACGCGGAGAAAACAAUCGCUGCAGCCUCGUUAUUCCCCUUCAUAGCGUCCUUGUUUGGUGUUAGGUCAGUGCCACAUUAUAAUGGAAGCACUGGCGCGGUUACACUGGGAUGUUCCAUACAGAUCUCGAACAGGGUUUGGCACCAUACUCCAGCUUCACAUGCUAAUAGUGUUUAUACUGUCGUCCGUCUCGACCAACACCCCAAUCAACAACAGCAAGAAGCCGGGCCGCAACGUAACCAUUCAAGCCUCCCAGCUGGUUUGCAGCUACCCAGGCCCCGAGGGGCCCCCAGGUCAACCAGGGGCCCUUGGCCCUCCUGGGAUAAUGGGCAGGAUGGGGGCCCCGGGAAAGGACGGACUGGACGGCAAAGAUGGAGAGAUGGGAGAGAAGGGGGAAAGAGGAGAUGCCGGCCGGCCUGGAAACCCCGGUAAGCCUGGCCAUCAAGGCCGUAUGGGGUUGAUCGGCAAAGCAGGACCCCGGGGCCUCAAAGGGGUGCGUGGGGCCCCCGGCUCUGCAGGCACGGGGGGUUCCAAAGGCGAGUCAGGCGACGUGGGGGAACCUGGUAAUGGAGGGGGCUGCAACUGCGGUUCCAGGGCCCGCUCUGCCUUCUCUGUGGCGGUGACCAAGAGCUACCCGAAGGAGCGCACGCCCAUCCGCUUCAACCGCGUGCUGCUGAACGAGGGCGGCCACUACAAUGCCAGCAGCGGGAAGUUCUUCUGCACUUUCCCAGGAAUAUACUACUUCACCUAUGACAUCACCUUGGCUAACAAGCACCUGGCCAUCGGACUGGUGCACAACGGACAGUAUAAGAUCAAGACGUUUGACGGCAACACGGGAAACAACGACGUGGCCUCCGGGUCGACCAUUUUGCGGCUGAAGAGGGACGACCAGGUUUGGCUACAGAUCUUCUACUCGGAGCAGAAUGGUCUGUUCUUCGAUCCUUACUGGACAGACAGCCUCUUCUCCGGGUUCCUCAUCUACGCUGACCAGGACUUUGAUAUGGAGGAACAAAAAGCAGGCGAAGGAUCAAGAUGAUGAUAUACUGUACACACUAUACUAUACAGGUGAAGAAGUGAAGAAUGGAUUAAUGAAUGGGCAAACCAGACCCCGGCCCAGGGGGUGUCAGGUCACAAGGAGCCAGAAUAAACUGGACCGUCCC